AUGAUCACUGAUAGCCUGCUCAUCUCAUGCGCUACCGGCUAUCAAAACCAGAGCGCGCUCCACCUACAACAAGAAAUUGAUCGCAUAGAAUAUGCAGACCAACUAACCGCACACAGUACUCUACCUAAUCAAGAUCUCUUUCGCGGAUUAACUUCGAACAUAACGUAA